AUGCAAAGAUUGAGAAAAUGUCUUCAGAAGAAACAGUAAGUGUAGUAGGGAGUGAGGUGAUGCCCCUGGAUUAUGGUAGUAUGGACUCGGAGAGUAGUCCAUCUCCAUCUAGUUCAGAGAAAAUGGUGGAGGGGAUGAAAGGAGAUGAGGUGGUAGGGGUUGGGGGGAAUGAGAUGGUGGGGGUUGGGGGGGAUAGUGUACCCAUCACUAUGGUAGAAGUAGAGGGUAGGAGAGAGAGAGGUUAUGAUGUAGAUGCAGACAUAGUGGAAGAGGUGAAGCAGUACAGAUCUAAACUCGGGACCAGGGAUAGCCUGGGUCACUUAGUGGAGAAUUACGAGAUCUCUUCCUGAGUGUUAGUUAGGCCAGCUGGGGUAGAGGAGAGAACGUGUUCUGCUCCUCGGGAUCAUUGGAUGCUCGUGUAUGCCCACUAUUUGAUAGCCGGGCUUAGGUUUCCAAUUCCUGAGCUGCUAAUGGGUAUUCUUUUAGAUUACAACAUAGAGUUGACACAGUUAGUCUUCAACGCUAUAAGGAUAAUAAUAGGAUUUUUAGUUU